AUGCGUGCACUAUCUCGAUCGUCAUCUGGCUUGUUGCUCAUUACAUCUUUCUUUCGAGUUAUUCUUGCUGGUGAAUCCAUUUCAACGUCUGCUUUGGUAAACUGUGGGGUCAACACAGCCAUCAGCGUGACCUACUUCGAUGCCAGAUUGACACGGUCUGGAACCCUCGACAUCGCUUUUACUGGAUAUCUCGACAUAUCAGGCAAUGUCACGGCAGAUGUGGUGCUUUUAGUGUACGGAUACCAGAUUCUCAAUGACACGAUCAGCCUUUGCGAUCUGGGCCUAGCAAGCCUCUGUCCACUUGCAUCUGGCGCAAUUAACAUACCCCAGGCGAGUUUGAACCUUUCAUCUAUCAUGUCCUUGAUCCCAGAUAUUGGCUACACUGUUCCGGACCUUGAUUCCACAAUCCUCGUAUAUAUUUACAGUGACUCGGCUCAAAAGUCUAUAGCCUGUCUAUCAGCCGAUCUGUCCAACGAGCACACGGUUAAUCAAGUGGCUGUUUCGUGGGUUCUUGCGGUUAUGACUGGGCUGGGCUUGGUGGGCUCCGCUAUUGCCAUCAUCGGAGGCCGUCUUCAUUCCGCCCCGCACUUGUCCAUCGCGUCACUGACUUUGUUGGAAUUUAUGCAGUUGCAAGCAACGUUCGGCCUCUGCUCAGUCAGACUACCGCCUAUUGCACAGUCCUGGACACAAAUGUUCCAGUGGACUAUUGGAAUUGUACGGACCAGAUUUGUUCAGUCGUUCUGUCGCUGGUACUUACGUGCAACGGGAGGUACUCCGUCUACGGUCGUGGAGGACUCGAAAAGCAUUUCAGUGAUUGUGAAAAAGCGGGGGUUCUCCAAUGAUGUGCUCAGUUCAGGCAGGAGUCUUCUCCGAAGAACGGGUUCGGAUGUGUCAAAAAAUAACGAAAACACAGUGCAAGGCAUUUCUCGAAUAGCCUAUCGAGCUGGCAUUGAGUCCACCAAUGUAUUCAUGACGGCAUAUUUCUCAUUCAUGUUUGUUGCUUUUAUUCUCCUUGUGGGGCUGGCGGCAGCUAGACUGGGGCAUGCGAUCCUGAGAAGGUCUAACAAGAACAACCUACCGCGCUGGCUUGAGUCGGCACCUAUGCGCUUGCUGAACAGUAGCAGAGACCUGUGCCUUAUAUUUCUAACCAUUGCUCUUCCCUCGAUUACCCUAUUUACCUUUUGGGAGCUCACGCAAGUUGAUUCCGCCGGAAUACUGGUUUUGGCUAUAACCUGGGGCGUCGGGAUCAUCGUAUGCCUUGGGUGGGUUGCAGUGAGAACAAUCUUCUACGUCCAGAGUGGUCGGAAAUCAGGCCUGACCGCAGCGUACACUCUAUCUUUGGGACUCAUUGACGCAAAGAAUGUGCGAUUAAUCCACAUGUUCUAUACAGCCGACCGAUACUACUUCUUUGCCAUACAACAACUCUACAUCUUCGUGGGCGGGCUUACUAUUGCUGUUAGUCAGUCUGCUCCAGUCGCACAGUCUAUUAUCCUCGUGGUUAUCAAUGCCGUCAUGAUGGGUCUCGUGAUCUGGGCUCGCCCUUGCCGAGAACGAAGCAUGAAUUGUCGCGCCAUCGCAGUAGCGAUCAUCCAAUUUUUGAACUCCAUCUGCAUCCUCAUCUUCUCGGGUAUCUUCAAAGGCUCACCAAUGGCGGCUAGUGUUGUUGGUGUGAUAUUCUGCUUGUACAAUGCCAUCUACAUGCUAGUGCUUGUGGUUUGUCUGCUAAUUUCAUGGUUCAACGCCAUCCGUUCAAAGGAGCCUAAAACCCAGUACCAGAGCGUCGGCGACAUUCGCGAAUCGUUCCUAAAUUUACGUUCUUCACCUCCAAGAGAGCUCAUAGAUCCAAGCACCACCGCUCGGGAAAGGGCGAUGCCUUGUGACCAUCAAUGUUCAACCCCGCCAAUGCAUCACGAAUUAGACGAGUUGCAUAAUUGA